UAUGACAUAAAAUGGGUUACCUCUACCGCUUUAAUAAAAAAACAAGAUUCUUCUUUCUCACCUGGUUGAAGCCACGUGACAUACUUUACUGUGGCUACGCCAGGGCAGGAAGUUAAACAUAUACAGAAAAUGAGCUAGUCUGUGCCAUUGCUUCUGGCUUGCUGUAUUUUGAUUCCUCAGCAGCAGAAGCUGUCCAAAAUCAGAUAUUACUUGUAAAAAACGUUAUGGUCCGUCUGUUAUUAAACGAAGCAACAGCAGUGGCAACAAACUAAAGGACGAUAACAUGGAUAUUCUUUCUUUCUUUAUUAUUCGAAUGCAUUAGUUAAUAUGUAUGUAGAAGAAAUGAGACGAAAAACAGCGACAGUCCCUGCUGCAUGUUGUGUGCAUGUCAGCUGGAAUGAAUGGUGCUGGCUUUGAGUUUCAGGUUAAACAAUUUUUUAAAAUUAUUUCUAUUUUGAUGGUAAUGUAAUGUAAUCGAACGGUAAGAAAUUACCGCAAAAGUAGCUAUAUUUAUUAUAUUACCUCGAUGGAGCGUAAAGCAGAACAUUCAGUAUUUCUUGACGACUAGCCGAUUGGUUUGGACAGAGUAGCAGAAAGAUGUCAAUCACAUCAAGUGAAUAUAUUAUUAGAGUCACCAGUUAUUUCCAGCUUUUGACGGUGACACUACCGAGGAAAAAAAUAUAACCAGCAACCGACCGCUCGCUGAGAGACUAUGCUACAACAAGAAAUACUUGCUUCCUGUACUUACUAGCUCUGUGAAGAGACUGCAAAAAAAAAAAAAUAAUAAUAAUCGACUAAAGUGGCAGUAGUAUACGACACAUAACACAAGGAAAGCGGCAAAUGCUUUUAUCCUCACAGGAUGACAAAAGAAUCUUCUGGGAAUUUUGAAUGAUGGAGAAGAUUGGAACCUCGCCGAUUCUUCGUUUAAAAUGGAUAUUUCGUCAAAUAGUUCUGAUUUCCUUUGCUGGUUUCUUCAUUGUUCAGAGAACCGAUUCUACUGCAAUAACAAUGGCUGCCUGCAAUGGGAAGCUGGAACAGCACACAGAAAGGCGUGGAGUCCUCUACAGCCCGUCCUGGCCUCUGAGCUACCCAGCGGGGCUGAACUGCAGCUGGUAUAUCCAGGGGGACCAUGGGGAUGUCAUCACUAUCAGUUUUAGGAACUUUGACGUAGAAGAGUCUCGGAAAUGUGCUUCAGAUUGGCUCCUGAUGGGCCCAGCCUCGAAGAGAGAGUACAGGGUGUGCGGCUCUGUCAUCCCCCCGCCCUUCAUCUCCACACGGGACCACGUCUGGAUAUUCUUUCACUCCGACACCGCCAGCUCUGGGCAGGCUCAGGGAUUCAGACUCUCCUACAUCAGAGGUAAACAAGGCCAAAGCAGCUGCCAGACCGAUGAAUUCCUUUGCGGGAACGGCAAGUGCAUUCCCAGUGCCUGGAAGUGCAACACGAUGGACGAGUGUGGGGACAACACCGAUGAAAAGAGCUGCGCACCCCCUCCAACUGAGCCCCAAACCACCAUGUGCCCCUCGGGGACCUUCCAGUGCACCGGAGUCCACUCCACCCAGUGCUUAUCCAACAGCCUGCGCUGCAACUCCAACAAAGACUGCAGGGACGGCUCGGACGAGGAGGACUGCCCCGACACGUCCUGCGGGAAGCGGCUGGGGAACUUCUACGGCUCCUUCGCCUCUCCAGAUUUCUUCCGGCGCAACCACAGCGGAUCGGACCUGCGCUGCACCUGGUACGUGGACACGCAAGACCCGCGGCACAUCAUCCUCCAGCUCGACCUCCAGCUGGGGUACAGCGACUACAUUCGGGUGUACGAUGGCAUGAGAGAGCGCAGCGACAAGCUGCUGCAGACUCUAACCUAUCACAACAACCGGCGUUCAGCCAGCGUAGAAUCCUCCAAGGGGCAGCUCACGGUCCUGUACCACGCCAAGCCCAAGAGCGCGGGCCACGGCUUCAAUGCCACCUACCAGGUCAAAGGUUACUGCUUCCCCUGGGAGCACCCCUGCGGCAGCGAUGAGGGCUGCUUCGCCGAUCACCAGCGCUGUGACGGCUGGUGGCACUGCCCCAACGGCAAGGACGAGGAGAACUGCCCUGCUUGCCAAAAGGGCGAGUACCCCUGCGAGGGCAACAGCGGGAUGUGCUAUGCGGGCCCGGACCGCUGCAACAACCAGAAGAACUGCCCCGACAGCUCGGACGAGAAGAACUGCUUCACCUGCCAGCCAGGCAACUUCCACUGCGGCACCAACCUGUGCAUCUUCGAGACUUGGCGCUGCGAUGGGCAGGAGGACUGCCAAGACGGCAGCGACGAGCACAACUGCCUGGUGGCGGUGCCCAGGAAGGUGAUCACCGCAGCGCUCAUUGGCAGCCUUAUCUGCGGGCUGCUGCUAGUCAUCGCCCUGGGGUGCGCCUUUAAACUAUACUCCCUGAGAACCAGAGAAUACAGGGCUUUCGAAACCCAGAUGACCCGACUGGAGGCAGAGUUUGUGAGGAGAGAGGCCCCUCCCUCUUAUGGUCAGCUGAUUGCUCAAGGCCUUAUACCCCCUGUUGAGGACUUUCCUGUUUAUAACCCAUCUCAGGCCUCAGUCUUGCAGAACAUCAGGACGGCGAUGCGGCGGCAGAUCCGACGGCACUCUUCAAGGCGAGCUUCCUCCCGGAGGAGACUGGGGCGGCUGUGGAGCCGGCUAUUCCAACGCGGGGCUCGGGUCCGGGGGCAGAUUCCACUGCUGACUCCCCCCAGCACCUCCCACACCUCCCUCAGCGGGGGCAUCCACAGCUACCAGGCGGUGGGGGGUGGCGGCGGACACACUCCCUCCUCCACAGCCCGGGGACUGGACCUGGAGGCUGAGUCUGAGGCCUCCUGCCAGCCUGGCGCUUUCCACAGGGACCACCAGCCCCUGGAACACUCCCCUGUGGAUCUCUCCUCUCAGUCCAGCACAGAUGAGGCUUGGGACCAGACUCCUGGUGAGGAGGUAAGCCGUGACUUCUGUGCAGGGGCAGCUGGUGUCCACAAUGAUCCCCUGUCUGGACGUAUAGAAGCCCCUGAUACGGGUAGCGGCAACUCAAACAGACGCGAAGGAUCAGCGCCCACGAGGAACAGUAGCUCCUACAAACGGAAGCUCUCUCGGAAAGAGGUGCAGGGUCUGGCUGCUAACCUCCGCGGUGUGGAGCUGCGUCGAUACUCUCACCCCAGGAGUGAGCCUCCUGCUCUGGACCAACCCUGCCAAAGCCGUGUCUGCCACCCAGACCCCAAGCAGGAGGAGCUCACGGGAAGCCAGAAUGUAAGUCAAAGGUGCCACUCUGUGGAAGUGCCAAUACAAGAAGCGGCUGUGCUGUCUUGCGACAGCCAGCACGCCAGUGACGAUGAUGAGUCCCUUCUCGUUUGCUGAUUUUUUUAAAAAUGUAUUUUAAAAAGCAUUUCAGCUUCUCUUGGGACAAGACAAUUUCUUUCAUGCCAAAUCUGUUUGCCAUAUAUUUUGUGUGUGACAGUAGUUUAUUUAUUUUUUUUUGUGUUUGUUGUCGUUCCCCUCUCCCUCCUGUUUCACUCCAAAGGGAAUUGUAUUUCAAGAGUCCUCCAUGAUCACUCACAACCUGCUACAGAAUCUCACCUGAAAUGAUUGAGGCAGCUUCAACAGUCCUUUUCAUAGUUACUAAGAUGAUGAAAAAGAGUUUUUUGAAUAUAUAAACUCGUUUGGUCAGGUGGACUUAAAGGGAUAUUGGUGCAGCUUGGCUGUAUUUACAGUUAUAUACAGUACAAGGCUGAGAUGGGUCAGUAGCACUCAUAGGUUGACCUCAAAAUGUAUAACACUGUUCAAAUUUGAAAUACAUGAUUUGCGGCCAACAUGUUUUACAAUAUAUUCAUUGAUAGAUGAAAUGGUAGGCAUAUUAGCGCAGAGAUGAUUGACAAAGAGAAGUUGUGAUACAUUUUAUUGGACUAACUAAACAAUGAAGUUUUCAAGACCUCAAAGGUCUCCUCUUCAGGUGAAAGUAGAAAAGAGAGAUUGAUGCUUACAUUCAAAGGGAGAUCUACAAUGUAGUUUUUUUGCAUUUUGUACAGUCAGGGUUGGCUGAUUUACAUAGUCGAUUUUAAAUCACUUGAUUUUUUAAAAUAAAAAAUCAUUGAUUUAAAUAUUUUUUUUCAUUUACUACCUGUUUUAUAUAGUUUCUCAAGGAAAAGACACAACACAAACAUCUUCAUCUCUUACUGUCUAUAAACAAGAACUCUUAGGGCUGUAUUCUGAUCACAGCGCAAAUGCGUGUGCAAGUGCGAACGGCGCUUGCCCCCCGAUUCUGUGGCACAUAAAUGGAGUGAAGACACUGCACUGAAAUGGUAUUCUGAAGACCUGGCUUGCCCCGUUAUUAACAUUUCAGCCGAAGCGAUUCUGAUGACAGUGCAAUGGGGUCCCAAAUAGACAACUGAGCACUGUGUUAAUACCCACUAAAACCAGGUUUAUUUGGUGGUGCAAUCAGGAACUAUAAAAAGCAAAGUAGUCCUAAGUAACAACUGCAUGUGUUUGGACUGACACAGAAAGAAGAAAUCAAAGAAUGACUGGGAUGAGUGAGGGGGAUUUUUCUCUAGAUAAAAAACUGUGGAUUACUUCAUAAACUAGCGACAAUUUCAAAUUGAUAGUUUUAAGCAGUUUUUCAAUUUUAGGUUAAAUAAGAAUCCGUGAAAAGGGGACAUGUCUUACAAACCGUUUCCCAUCUACACUGUUGUGGUACUUUAGGGAUUAUUAUGUGUAUCGUGCAAUAAAAAUGCACUUUAUUGUAGCAGUAUUUUUAAAAAAGCUGCUGCCAUCUCUGUCAAAACAGCGUAUCUCAGAGAACAUUUGCUGUACUUACUUCAUAUCUGCAGUAAGUUAUAUAAACACUGCAGGUUAUAUAGGCCAGUAACCUUGACCACUGUAAAAUUACUGCACAAGAGCAUUUACUGCAUCAUUUUCUGUCAAAACAGAAGUACAAAACAAAUGCUGCCAUCCUUGCUUUGAUUAUAAUAACUGCUUUUUUUCUUGGGAGCUGUUUACUCAUGCAACUGAAGCUAUUUAAUUUGUAAAAUCUGAAAUUAUUAUUAUUAUUAUUGAAUUAAUAAUCUUAACACAGAAGUGACUCCCUAUGUGUAUAUAUACAUUCUAAAACUUCAAAUACUUUACUUUAUUCAACCACAUAUCAUAUGUUGCCAGCGAGGUAAUAUUAUUUUUAGACUGGCACAGUUUUGCAGUGAAAACUUUUUAAUAUAGAAUGCUAAUCAUUGGCCAAAUGAUGAUUAUGAUGUUGUUGUUGUUGUGUUUUUUUUUUUUUUUUAUAGAUGACAUUAUAGGUGACUUAGUUUUUAAUCAAAAGGUAUCAGUUAUGAUAAAAAAAAUAAGUAAUUUAUAAAUACUGUUUUUAAUUCUAUUUUGUUCUAGCUAAUAACUUUGCACCAUGUCCCUUACUAGCCUGCAGGCAAGGGAAAACCUAUUCUGUUGAUGGUAAAAUAGCACCUCCUUGCUGUUAAAUAGAUCUGCAUGCAGCAAACUCCUACUGUGCAGCUGGUCUGUCAUUUCACAUGAGAUUGAUUCAGGAGUUGUUAGUGGGUGUCAUUUUUUGUUUUUACAGCUUUGUUAUUUUUAUGAAUGUCAAGCAGUGUUCAGCUUUGUUUCACAAUAAACCAUUCAAAAUAUUGAAUUAUUUUUAGUUUAGCUUUGUAAAAAAACAAACAAAUGGAAUUCAUAUUUUCAGACUAGAACUACACUGCCACAGAGAAUCAAUUACGAUCAAGCAGUUUUUUAUCAUUAAGCUUCAGUCUAAUGUGUAAAGACUUAAGAGAAUGAUUUGUAUAAUAAAAUUAUAUUGAAAAAUGAACAAAACAAAAAAAACAAACAAAAAAUAAUUCAGGGCAUUCAUUUCUGUAAGUGUGGAUGUAUGUACAGUACAUAAUUUUUUUUUUGAGUGCAACGAUUUAAUUGUGCCACCGAAUGUGAUGUACAGUGUAUUGCAGUCACAUUCCCAACAGGUACUGCUACUGCUGCUGAAAACAAUUUAGGACUAGUUCUGUUUUUAAAUUGCAUCAUCUGCAUAUUGCACAAGUUAAAGGGGAAGCUUCAAAACGCUAUAAUAAAUAUAGUAUUCCAGACCACUUAGCAAAUUUGCUAGCGUUGCUAGACUGAAAUGCUGUAAACAAGCCUCCUCUGUAGAGACUCCAUGUUUUACUUCCCUAGCUCUCCUGUGCUCGUACUGCACCGACAUUGACCUGUAAAGCACCUGUUUUAUAAGCCUUGUAAUGUGCAAGUGCUGCUGAUCCUUCCCUAUUCCAUUCAGCACCCUUACAUGAUCGUGGAAUUGAUUCGCCGUAUAGAUUUGAACUAGAGGUAGACAUGGGUCCUUGAAAACCUCGGUACCCACCUAUUGUGAAUUACCAGAACAUGCCUCUCUUUCCUACUCGUAUCUGCAUUUUUCACAGACCAAUUGAGUUUUCUGAGGCUUCAAAUUUAUGAAAAUGUAUAUAUCAUAGGCCUUUUAAAUAGUGCUGGGUGGAUAAAUGAAGAUAAAUACUAGAAAGAAGCACUGUUCUUUUAGAAUGUGUUUUUUUUUUUAAUCAUCUUUUUUUCCCCUGAAUUGAUAAAAAGGAAUGAUUUGCAUGUUAUAUUUUUGAUACAGUACUUUAGAAAUUCUGAUUAAAUGAGCGAAUAUCAAUAUGGUCAUUUUUAACUCUGAACACAUUUCAGAAUGUACAUGUUUUUGUUUUUUCAGAUCAUCUAUGCAUUGGUUUCCUUUGCGUGAUAGAUAUUUUUAUAAAGGCAUUUAUAAAUAAUGUUAAAUGAACAAUUACAAACAUGGUCAAUGCUUGUGCAUGUAUUUGUCCCAGCACUACUUUGAAGGUAGUUUUAAGUACUGUAGUUUUUAGUUUAAAAGUGAUAUGAAACUACCCAGAAGGAUACCUGGCUAUUUUUCAGGAUGGGCCUCUAGUCCAGAUUUCCUACCUGUGCUACCUCUAGUUUGAACCAGGAUACCAGGAAGGGGGAAGAUCCAUUUGUAAUAAAUAUUACAGCAGCUAGAAAUGCUAAUAAACUAGCUACACACAGGGGACUGCAUUGGGAUUGCUGUUUGGACAAAGCUGUCUUUAUACUGUCUGGUGGGAUGGAAACAUGGAAGAUCUGUAGACAGGCAAACAGGAGAAAAAAUAGAAGAUACCAGCGUUUUCAUAGAGUGAUUUUAGGAGAUGUGCAAAGUUGUUACUACCCUUUAAUCAAAAGUAUUUUUUUUUUUUUAUUAUUUUUUAUUAGAAAGUAAGCCGACAGCUCCUGAAGCCUCCCCUUUAAUAAACGCUAGCUGCUUUGACAACUAUGGUGACAUUAUUUAUCCAUAUCAAUUUUGCUGUGUUCUACAGUGCAUUUUCUCUUUAUUAAAGAGACAUAGGCAUAUUUUAUCUAUUGUGCAUUUUGAGAUUCUUCUCCUUAAGAGUUCUUUAUAUCUGCAAAUAGCGUACAUUUGAAAGUAUUGUGACGGUACUCUGUCUGCUGACGGUGUCAAUCUUAAAAAAAAAAAAAGAAAUAUCUUGACACUAGGGUACAAACCUCUAUGAUUGUGCUGAAGUGUCUUUGUGCCUGCAUUUAAUAAUAAAGCCUCAAGGUUUCCUUAA